CACACUCACACACUCUCACACACUCCGGCUCUGUCGCUGCACGCGUGCAGCCUGGAGGAAGACCAACUCUGGACUACCGGGACUUCUCGCGGUUCUUUUGCCGAGAAUCCAGAUUAAACCGUGAACCGCGUGCCGCUCCGUCUCGUGUCCGGUGCUCCGGAGGACAUGCCGGGCUCUGCGGCUCUGCUGGCCGCGUUGGCGCUGCUCUCGGCCGGCUUCAGGAGCUCCGCGACGCCCGGAGCGGAGAGCUCCGGGGACCGGGACCGAGCCGCGGGGCGAGUGCGCUGCCCCGGCCGCUGCCGGUGCGAGGUGUCCGGGCUGCUGCACCGGGUGGACUGCUCCGACCGGGGGCUGCGCGAGGUACCGGGGAACCUGAGCGUGUUCACGUCCUACCUGGAUCUCAGUAUGAAUAAUAUGACGGUGUUGACCAGCGGAGCGCUGAAGGACCUGCACUUCCUGGAGGAGCUGCGUUUAGCGGGAAACGAUCUGUCACUCAUUCCCAGAGGGGCGUUCACCGGCCUCUACAACCUCAAAGUGCUGAUGCUUCAGAACAACCAGCUGACGUCUGUUCCUGCUGACGCCUUCAACACACUGCACCACCUGCAGUCCCUCCGCCUGGACGCCAACCACAUCUCCCGCGUUCCCAUUGGCUGCUUCUCCGGGCUGCGCUCGCUCCGCCACCUCUGGUUGGACGACAACGGUCUGGGGGCGGUGCCCGUGGCGGCGCUGACGGAGCUGCCGGCGCUGCAGGCCAUGACGCUCGCCCUCAACCACAUCCACCACGUGCCCGACGGAGCCUUCAGCCGCCUGGGCCGCCUGGUGGUGCUGCAUCUCAACAACAAUGGGAUCGUAUCCAUGGGAACGGACUGCUUCCACGGGCUCCACAGUUUGGAGACGCUGGAUUUAAACUACAACAAUUUGGUGGAGUUUCCGAUGGCGAUCCGAUCGCUGAGUCACCUGAAAGAGCUUGGUUUCCAUAGCAACAGCAUCCAGUCCAUCCCGGAGCACGCCUUCACGGGGAACCCGGCGCUCGUCACCAUAUUAUUCUACGACAACCCGAUCCAGUCCGUGGGCCGGUCCGCCUUCCAGAACCUCCCGGAGCUGAACACACUCUCUCUGAACGGAGCAGCGAAUCUCACUGAGUUUCCAGAUCUGACAGGAACCGAGAGCCUGGAAAGCCUGACUAUCACAGGGGCCCGGAUCACCUCUCUCCCCGGCUCCGUGUGUGAGCAGCUUCCAAACCUCCAGCUGCUCGAUCUCUCCUACAAUCAGAUCCAGACUCUCCCCAGCUUCUCCGGCUGCGAGAGCGUUCAGAAGAUUGAUCUACACCAUAACGAGAUAGAGGAACUGGAGGAGAAAACCUUCCACGGUCUGAUGUCACUACGCUCUCUGGACCUCUCCUUUAACAGACUCUCUUCGGUGAAGCCGAACUCCUUCUCUGCGCUUCCUGCUCUCAUCAAGCUUGACCUGACGUCCAAUCAGCUGUCGUCUCUGCCUCUGAUUGGUCUGCAGAGUCUGACUCACCUGCGAUUGGCCGGAAACACUCAGCUGAUGGAGUUAAUGCCCCGAGAGGACCUGCCUCGAGUCAGGGUGAUGGAGCUACCCUACGCCUUCCAGUGCUGCGCCUUCGUCUCCUGUGAGAGGACAGGAGGAGUAGGAGGAGGAGGAGGAGGAGCAGGAGGAGGUGCGUCCUGGGAGAGAGAGGAGGCGGCGGCCUCCUCGGGGAGAGACUCCUCCUCCGGUCGAGUGGAUCAGGACUGGGACGACUUCCUGUUGGAGUUUGAAGAAGAACCGAAACUUCAUCACUCGGUUCACUGCAGCCCGGCUCCAGGACCGUUCCGCCCCUGCCUCCAUCUGCUCGGCAGCUGGUUGGUCCGCGGAGGGGUGUGGCUCAUCGCAGCGCUCUCAUUGGUCAGCAACAGCCUGGUGGUGCUGUCGGUCUUCUUUAGCCCCGCCUCCUCAGUGACUCCGCCCAGGCUGCUGAUUGGUCUGCUGGCGCUGGUGAACGGCCUGAUGGGAGUGUGGAGCGGCGGGCUGGCGGCGGCGGACGCCUGGACGUUCGGGAGUUUCUGGAAGUUCGGGGCGCGUUGGGAGAGCAGCUUCCUGUGUCGCCUCAGCGGCUUCCUGUGCGUGUUUGCGUCGCAGACCGGCCUCUUCCUGCUCACCGCCGCCGCGCUGGAGCGAUGCUUCGCCGCCGCCGCCGCACGCCACCACGACAAACCGGACGGACACACUUCUCGCCCCUCGCUCUGCGUCCGCCUGGCCGUGGCGCUGAGCUUCCUGUUGGGCGUGGCGGUGGCGCUGCCCCCCCUGGUGGCCGGACACAGCAGCACCUCCCUCUGUUUGCCCUCCUCCUCCUCCUCCUCCUCCCUGGCCUUCUCCGUCUCCCUGGUGCUCCUGGACUCGCUGUGCUUCCUCCUCAUGACGCUCGCCUACACUCGCCUCUACUGCCGGGCCGACAAGGCGGCGCCCGCCACCGACGAGGAGGCGGCGUUGACUCGGCACGUGGCCUGGCUGCUCUUCUCCGACUGCCUCCUCUACCUCCCCGUGGCCUUCCUCUCCUUCUCCUCGCUGCUGCGCCUCCCCGCCGCCGGGCCGGAGGCGGCGAAGGGGAUGCUGCUGCUGGUGGCGCCGCUGCCGGCCUGCGUCAACCCGCUGCUCUACCUCCUCUUCAACCCGCUCGCCCGGCAGGAGCUGGCGGCGCUCGCCAAACGCACCUGCGGAGCGGUGGCGCAUCUGCCCCAGUUCCAGGUGAACUCUGUCAUGCUCCGAGUCGUCCCUCUGUGCCAGUCGUGGCACAAAAUCUCCAACAGUCAGAGGAGAGACUUCUCACCCGUCUGA